AAAAAUGUCAACAUAUUCAUAUGAAUAUAGAACUACAGGAGGAGGUGACAAGCACAUACCACGUAUCGGAAAUAAAACAACAUCUUGGCAUUCAUCCACAUAUCGUAGUCCAAGUGCCGGACCUCCUGCAGAUCGUAUUGUAACAGAGCGUGAGUAUAGCUGGUCAAGUAAACCAGCUAUAGACAGCUAUACCUUCACUAAAGGCCCAUAUAUUCGAGUAGAACAAAAACAUCAAGGUCCAGAUUAUCGAGCACAUUUAGAGCCAAGACCAGCAUUACCUGGACGCCAUCAUUACACUAAAUCUACCAACAUCCAAAGAAAAUAUAUUGGUGGAAGACCAACGCUUCAUUAUUGA